AUGGUGGACCGGAGGGUCAUUGAAGGAAAGCACUAUCAUGCUUACACACACGAGGAAGUGUUUGUUCUGUCCUGGCAAUAUGGGCAUGGUCAGGAAUGUUGUUCCGUGUGGUCUCCCGAUGUGACUGGGGACGGCCAGGGAGGUGGUAGCCGGCUUGAAAGCGAAUUUAUUGUGGGCGGUGCAGUGCCGUCUGGAUUCACGAUUUUUGGGCCUUUAGUGUUGUUCGUGGAAGGAACUUAUUUGAUUGCAUUCGUGGACCUAGCGUAUCGGGAUCUAGCGUAUCGGGAUCUAGCGUAUCGGGAUCUAGCGUAUCGGGAUCUAGUGCACCGGGAUGCUAGGUUCUUAUACAUAUACGAUACUGGUGCCAGACGCUGGAUCGACAAGGUCGAGUUGCCCCCUGGACUCUGUAAGAUCAGUGAAGUGGUUCAGAUCGGGGACGGGCCCCUCGUUCUGAUUAACGGAUAUUCUUUUAACAGCAUUCGCAAGUUGACAAGCGUGGCGCUCUUCACCAUGAAUAUAAGAACGGGUGAACUGUGGGAGUGGACCGACGUGAUAGCCCCGGCAGUAUUCCAAGUUACUGUGUGCUAUUUACCAUUGGAAGACAUGGUGAUACUGAUGUACCAACGUUAUGACCACUUUGGAAGCUCCAAGGAAGUACUGCUCUGUGUUAAUACCCAAGCGUCGGGAGGGUGUUUGCCAAAAAAAUGGAACGCUCUUACCAUGCCAAAUGCCGAUGACCUUACCGGCUGCCUUCUGACGCCGUUGGGGAAUUCUCGGAUGUGUUUAAUAUGUCACCCCUGGUACUGGAUUUUGGAUGUACUACUGGACCGUGCACUUACCUCCUCGGCCCGUGGCACUAUACCGGCUGGAUAUGAGCUCCUUAAAACGGCUCGGCCUUGCAGUCUGGAUAUACUCGUGGAGAGUGCAGGAAUAUUUGAGGCCCCUUGUCUCCUGCUACGUCGUCUUCGUGACGGGCAAGGAUUGCACGGAAACUCCACCACGCCGGGACGGUAUGGUUGUCCAUUAGCCCUUGCUUUUCUUCUGCCAUCGAUGUCGGAACUUGCGUGGACGGCUGACUUGCUGGAAAAGGUUAUCUCUAAAACCUUACUCAAUAUUCUCAGCUUCUUACCCGCGGGUCAGGCAGAACUCCAAGUACGUCGGCUUGCGGAAGCACCCUUGCACCAGCUAACCCCCACCGCCGACGCUACUGAAAGUGCUGUGUCGUGA